AUGACCGUCCGAGCCUACCAAGACGUGCACUUCUUCGUUGGGGAGCCUGGGCAGUUGGGAUACGAAGUUUUGCUCGGUGGCUGGGAGAACACCCGAGUGACUCUGUCACGGGGCUAUGCCAGGGAACCAGCCAACGAAGAUCUCGGGCCACCGAUCGCUGUGGUGACUUACUCCACGCCGGACCAGACUCCCAUUCUGGAUCAGGUUCGCUUUCGGACAUGGUGGUUCGAUGCGGACCCGCAGACAGGGCUGAUUCGUGUGGGUGCUGAUGAGAUCAUCGGGCACAACAUUCUCAUAUCGUACAUCGACUCGUCACCUCUCGAUCAACUGAACUAUGUGACGGUCGGUGCAGGAUAUUGGAGUGCAGGUCCUCAGCGCAACGUCUUUGCAGAGGUCUAUGUUUGCCCCAGGCCGGGCAACCUGCUACAGGGCCGGUACAUCCAAUCCUCCUCUGUUGCCUUUGGCGGGCUCGCAGAGAAGGCAGUGGAUGGAGCUUGGGGCGACAAUACCUUUUGUGAGUACUGCGCGGCGAACGAUCCUGUUCACGUUUGCGCCUCGACGCGCCGGCAGGACAACGUGAAUACACCUUACUUCCGAAUUGAUCUCGGUGACCUGCUCUACCGCAUCAGGGCCAUCCGAUUGGUGGUGCCAACGGAUGGCCGCCCAGAGCAGUCUGCUGAUUGGUCUGUUUUCGUGGGUACAGCCGGAAGCCGCCAGACCGACACGCUUUGUACAGUCAUUGCAGACGCCACCGGCGACCAUGUAUGGCCAUGCAGCACAGCCAUCCAGGGCAGUUGGGUCAGCGUGUGGGGCAGUGUGACCCAGCUCCGAGAUCUGCCGGGACCCUUCGGGAUGCGAAUCUGCGAGAUUGAAGCCUAUGCCACUGCGUUUGACACCCGGCUCGAGGACAUUGUGAACAAGUUUGACAUGGCGGAGGGUCUGCCGACGCCGUUCUCGGACAAUGGCACCAUGCAUCACGUGACGAUCGGUGGCCUCCAGCCCAAUCGCAGCUACGAGGUUUUCUGUUUCGGGGAGGAUGACUAUGGCAAUCAGAUGUACAGCCAGUCGGCACCCGUCACGUUCCACACCAAGGACACCACUGCACCAAAGGUGAACAUCCAGCACAUCUACCCGAGUGACCUGUCCAUUACCGUGGAAGUGAGCUUGAUGGACCCGGGGCAAAGCUAUCCUGCUAUGGCCCGCUGCAUGGCCACCACCAAGGAUGGCAAGGCGCCCCAGGAGCACGAGAGCUACUUUGAGCAUCGAUUCUGGCGGCUGCGUUUCGACACCAGGUACACGAACCUCGACCGAGAGUGCGCAGAUCGAAUCCUCCUCCGGACGGUCCACCUGCAAUCUUGGGGUGGAAUGACCUUCAGGAACGCGAUGUUUGGUUCAGAUCCAACUUAUCCCCAGGAUCAGAUUGGCCUUGAUACGGACUCGGAUGGCCUCGUUGACCUUGUCGAGAUCGCACAGUGGUCUUUGCCAAUGGAAGAUGCAUGGGUUGGCAUCGACCUGCAGCAUAGGCCCGAGUCUGAGCGCCGCGUCCGGGAUCAGGGGGUCCUCUUCGAGGGAGACCUGGCUGUGGCGAUUCGCUGGGAAGGUAACGUGAACGACCUGGACCUUGUGGUAAUUGGUCCAGGAGACGAAUACUUGGAGUUCAAUCUCACGGACGGGGACUAUUACCGAGUCAGCGAUUUCGGCGUCUACGCUGUGCAGUGCAACCCAGGAGACAAUUGCCCAGCGCCGAUCCUGAGCACUGUGUUCGUGCUUGCCAUUGCCGGAAAGUAUGAUGUUCAGGUCUACAGACGUGCUGCCGCUCCGGAGCCUUGGGCAGACCUCCAAAUAACUGCCACUGUGCGGCUCUGCGGUGAGGAGAUGGAGUACAGCGCUGUGCUACCUGCUGACGAGCACAACGAUACCAUCAUCUCGGGUCUCAGCGUGGGAAGGCAGGGCUGCGCCCGGCAGUUCCGACAUAUGGCACUCUUUGACCAGCUGCGGAGCUGGCAAAGCUCGGCCCGUUAUGGCACAACAGAAGAAAUGGUGUGGUUCAUGGGGGACACAGACGAGACGUCCUGCAUGGAAACUGGUGGAGAAGGCACCAGUGUAACCGACAGCAGGCCUUGGUGGCGGAUGACGCUGGAGAGGACGCAGCUCGUGCAGGGACUCUGGUUGGCUGGGCUACCAGGGCCUGGUGUGGCGACCAUGGCAGACGUGUACGUCUCGUCAAGCGAUCAGCAAGAAGUUGGGACGGUCAUCUCGGUGGAUGACUACAUUGGCCAGACCUUCUACAUCUUCAAUGAGACGACCCAGUACUGUUACAGGGUCUCCGUAGGCCAGAUAGUUGAGGAAGACACGCUGUCGUCUGUGGCCGCAUGUGAUGCCACUGGCUUCGCGCCAGCAGCCUCCGCGACCUACUUCUUGAUUGGUGGCUACAGUUCCACCGUGGACAACGUACAAUCCUACGUGAAUGGUGUCAGCUGCGGUGCAGGGCAGCGCCAUGCCACCCUCCGUGCGGUGAUCGAUGCCAGUCUCAGUUCUGUGGUGGUGACACUGGGCGAGGUCACAGCAUGCCACUACGAAGUCGUGAUGCACAUACCACUGGAUGACGUUCUGACCCAGGGCACCCUCUGCGCACAGGAUGUUCCGAUCGGAAAUCUGCAGGAUGCUUUCAAUCCGGCGUUGCCCAUCGCAUGCCUUCAGGAAAGCAGGGGCAGCACUGUGUGGGUCGUCGCGAAACCGGAGGGCAAGCGCCUGCGGCUCUGCGAGGCGGAGAUCUUCAUAGAGCCUCUUCCCACGGUGACGCAGGUGAAGUUCGACUACGGAGACGCUGGAAACGAGACAACAGGUUCCGUCUGUGGGGCCAACAAUAUCAGCGUGGAGUUCUCGGACGACAACCAGACCUGGUUGAAAGCCUGGGAUGCUUUCGCUGAUGGCCUGCUUGCGCAAGAAAUCCAGACAGCGCGCUGGAGCUGGUGGCAGCGUUUGUUUGCUCUGCCGUUCCACGCCAACUUCAGCCGUGCAGAAGCUCAGAACUUGACCAUCCCAAGUUUGCGGGAGAACUCAACCUACGAUGUGCUCUGCUGGGCGACAGAUGCGGUUCACAACGAUAUCAUGCAAAGCAUGGUGAUGUUGCCUCUUCCGUGGGCAGACACGAGAUACGAGACGGGCACGGACACCAUCGACUACCCUGGAGCUCGUCGCCUGCAGGGAGUGGAUGACGAGACCCUGAAAUGCUCUGGCUGGGUGCGGGAGUUGAUGCCCUGCGAGGAAGAGAUUGCCACCUCUGACAAACUCCAGCCCAGCAUCGCGCAGGCAACUGUGGCAGGGAUUGAAUCGACGACCGAAGGUUUCCUGGCGGGUACCACGGAGCGUGUCACGUGGCAAAUGGAGCUCCGCGAUGGGAGUUGCAGCCAUCGCCUCGGUGGAGUCGCUCUCUGCAUCGUGCGAUGCGAAAUCGUCGAGGAGGACCUGAGCUGGUUGGUCCAAGCACCAGGUGACGGAUGUCAAUACCCUCGAUGCUCGCAGAAGACCUGGUCGAACGAGUACCCGGUGUAUUUGGUGUUUGGGCAGCUGCGGCCCGCAAAAGAAUACACAGUGCGAUGUCUCGUGAUGGAUCCAUGGGGCAACGCCGUCAUGAGCGACUCGAAGAUAUGGAUCCCUGGACACACCACAGAGUCAACGUCCAGCACCCCAACCCCAACAACCCAAGCACCAACUCCACCUCCCACCACACCUGCACCGACUACUACAACACGUGCAACGCAACCCCCGGUGGACUACUUUACCACACGACCACCAGCUACGACACAGGGUGGAGGUGGAGGUCAGACAGCGCCUUCCACCACUCGGCCGCCCCUCAUUUAUACGACAUCGGCUACUCCAGCACCGCCCACACUGCCACCAACCACCACGACCACAGCAGAACCUACAACAACUCAACCUCCCACAGUCCCUCCGUGGCUUGUGGACUUUACCCCUUCAGGCCCAGUGAGAACAGAGCUUUCUCUCAGCACUUCUUCAAGAGAAGAUGCUGAAGAACUGACUUUCCCCGCUGCAACAUAUGCGUUGCUUUCAGCACUCAGGCUAGCACUAGGGCUCGGCACCAGCGACAUGCUCGUCAUUCUGGGCAUGGAUGUGUACUACCAAGGCGAUGCGGGCGCGGGCCGCCGGCUCUCCGGGCGAUGGCUUGUUCGCGUGCGCUUUGAGGUCACGUCUCCAAGCCAGGCGCAGAGCAGGGCAAUUGCUCAAAGAGUUGGCCAGCUGGGCUUGCCUGGAAGCAGCACUGCAUCCAGCUUCCAGGAAGAGUUUGUGCAGGAAUUGAUGCAGUCAGGUUCGACAGUGGUGCCCACGGUGCAGGCAGCGAAGCCUCUUCAGGACGGCGAGUCCUGGUCACCGCUGCCGAGCCCCAGCCCGCCACCUUCGCCGAGCACCACCGGGCCUGCUGUCCAAAGUGCGGGCUCAACGACGGAGAUGUCAUCAGAGCCGGUGGCCACCGGGGACAUGGGGUGGAUCGUUCCGGUGGCGAUCACAGCUUUGGCCGUCUGCAUUUGCACGCUGGCGGGCGGUGUUGCCUACGCGAUGUGCUAUUUGCAGCCCGAUCUUCGGCAGCAAUGCUGUUUGAACAUGAGAAAGCUGCUCUCCAGUCGAGGCACAACUAGUCUCACGGGUGUUUAUGUUUGCACAUUGGUAGCUUCAGUUUGUGCAUUCCCAGCGAAAGCGGGCAACAGCUUCCUCUGCUCAAAACAGCUAUUGGUCAGCAUCGUCCCCGAUACUUCCAGCAUCAACGCUUCAGUCCAGCCUGGUCAGCUCGAUUUUGUGGCCAGAGCCUUCCAGGCCCGAGUUGUUCCCCUGCCCCAAACACGAGCCAUCCCGUAA